AUGUUCUUGUCACCUAUUUUUGCCAUGUUUAGAACGAAUGUUCCACAUACUAUAAGAAAAAUUAAUGUUAGUCAACCUUUGUUUUUUCAGAUUAAAUGGAACUCCAGUAUUGCCUCGAGUAAAAAUAAAUUUAUCCAGGAAAAAAUAUAUUCUGAUUCUGAUUCUGAUUCUGAUUGGGAUUCGUGUGCUGAAAAGGGAAAAAGUGAAUUUUGGAGACGUAAAAUGAGAACCUUUCAUGGAAUUCUAGACAUAAAUAAAGAUGGAGUUAUUUCUUUUGAUGACUUCAAGAUAUUAGUUGACCGAUUCAUUUAUCUUGGUCAUUUAGAUCUACAUCAGCAAAAAGAAUUCAAUGAAGUUGUACAGAAUAUGUGGGAAGAAAGAUGGGGUACUAUCAAUCCUUACAAUUUAGUAACCACUGAACAAUACCUGGAAGACAUGCAUCAUGUUGUUAAUGAUCGUCAAUUGAGGCAAAAAGUUCAUAACUUCCUGCCAUAUCUUUUCAAGGCUGUUGAUAAAGACAAAAAUGGAUAUAUCACUGCUGAGGAAUAUAAAUUAUUUUUUAAUUGUUUAGGACUUCCUAAAGAAGUAUCUCUGGUUUCCUUUACUGCAGUUGAUGAAAAUCUUGAUGGACGAAUAACCUUAAAAGAGUUUGUAAAAACAGGUAGAGAUUUUUUUCUGACUGAGGAUCAGAGAAAGCCUAGUAAAUUAUUUUGGGGGCCUCUUGUAAAAUAA